UAAAACAUCUGAAAGCAACGCCGCUUUUUCGGCGUCAGUCUACAUCUGUUCCUGUCUCCGGUUUAUUAUCAUAAAUUGCACUUUGGACUCCUGUUCGAUACAGAGAGAUUGAGCAUAGAGUUGCAAUGGCAGGCAAUACAGUGGUGAUCAUGCGACUGCUGGCUUCAGCCUACUCUGUCGCUGAGAAAGCAGGAUCGAUUGUCAGGAAAGUGUUGCACAGUGGAGAACUGGGAAUCGUUGAGAAGACAGGGGUUAACGACCUACAGACACUGGCGGACCGACUCGCUCAGAAGAGUAUAUGUGCUUCUCUCUUGAAGAGCUUCCCUAAAAUCACCAUCAUUGGCGAGGAGGAUCUGCCAGCUGAGGCAGCAGAAGACGACCUGAUUGAGACGGGCCAGUAUGAUGGAAUAUUACAAAAGCAAUGUCCUGCUGAAUACAGCAAGUUAAAGGAGGAAGAGCUGGUUGUGUGGGUCGAUCCUCUAGAUGGCACCAAAGAAUACACAGAAGCUGCGCACAUAUUGAACAGGCCAGUUGUGUGUGUGAAUUGGCUCGAGGCCCACAGAUCUCCAACAAGGCUCCUGGAUCAUGUGACCGUGCUGAUAGGCAUUGCUUAUAAAGGAAAAGCAAUUGCUGGAGUGAUCAAUCAGCCUUUCUACAACUACCAGGAGGGUGCGGGUGCCACUUUGGGCCGAACUGUCUGGGGAAUGUUGGGUUUAGGAGCCUUCGGGUUUCAGCUACAGGAAGUCCCAGAGGGGAAACGCAUCAUCACCACCACUCGCUCUCAUAGCAAUAAACUCGUUACUGAUACUGUCCAGGCCAUGGAUCCACAUGAUGUCAUCAGAGUAGGAGGAGCUGGGAAUAAGAUUAUUCAGCUAGUGGAGGGAAAAGCAUCUGCAUAUGUGUUUGCCAGUCCGGGCUGUAAGAAGUGGGACACCUGUGCAACUGAAGCCAUUCUGCAUGCUGUCGGAGGAAAGCUGACGGAUAUGCACGGGAAUGCUUACCGAUAUGAUGCCGACGUGAAGCACAUGAACUCGGCUGGUGUGUUAGCCGCGCUGAGGGAUCAUCAGUUUUACGCCAGCAGAGUUCCCCAGUCCGUCCUCAAGGCCCUGCAGUCGGACUGAAACGGCCACAAAGGCUUACGGGAGUCUUCCUGCUUUUCAGUUUGUUUCUGAAAUCAUUAGAGAACGGGUUAAUGACCGUAUAGGAUCUUUGUAAUCAAUGACAAAAAAAAAAAAUCAAUCUGGGAUUGUUACUGAUGCAAGUAACAAUCUUUUUAUUCAUUUUUUUAAUCUCAACAUUCUCACAUUUGUUUAAUUGCCAAUAUUUUGGCAUGUCUGAACACUAGGUUUUUGUUUUGACACUGAGUUACCAGUUACUCGUGUUAACCAAUCAUAUACCUUACCCUGUUUGUAUACAUUUGCUGGCUGUGUCAUAAAUAUAAUAGAUAAACCAGUCAGUAUUGGAAUCUGGAAUGAUUGACAGCGAUGACUGACAACGAUUGAUACUGAUUGUCCAAACACACAGGUGUUUGGAGCUCUACAGUAUUAACUGACACUGUGGAAGUUACACCUCCUUCCAGCCCUCAUAUUGUCACAAAAAUUUUCGAAUUUUUGGAGCUCAUCUCAUCUCAUUAUCUCUAGCCGCUUUAUCCUUCUACAGGGUCGCAGGCAAGCUGGAGCCUAUCCCAGCUGACUACGGGCGAAAGGCGGGGUACACCCUGGACAAGUCGCCAGGUCAUCACAGGGCUGACACAUAGACACAAACAACCAUUCACAUUCACACCUACGGUCAAUUUAGAGUCACCAGUUAAACUAACUUGCAUGUCUUUGGACUGUGGGGGAAACCGGAGCACCCGGAGGAAACCCACGCGGACACGGGGAGAACAUGCAAACUCCGUACAGAAAGGCCUUCGCCGGCCAUGGGGCUCGAACCCGGACCUUCUUGCUGUGAGGCGACAGCGCUAACCAUUACACCACCGUGCCGCUCGUUUUGGAGUUCAUUAAUGUGAAAUUCAUCAAAAUGUAUGCUUGAGUCAACGUUAGACAAUUAUAUACUGAAUAUCAGUUAACAUGUCUGUGAAUUUUCUCAUUCAUCCAGGUCACAGUAACCUCAGAAAUAUUAAAUCAAACGCGACUGGACUUGGUUUUAAGUCUUCUUCAGUUCACUUCAUCAGCUUGUCUGAUUAGACUGGGCUAGUCUGACCAGCUGGUCUGAGUACCCACGUAUUUAACCUCUGUGGUUUUCCGUUUCCAGUUGAGAGUACGCCAUGUGCAUUCUGGCUGCCGCUGCUCACCAGAGCUUAUUUAAUUUUAGUUUCCCUUUCGUUUUUCUUUUUUGUGUUUGUGUAGUUUGAUGUUUGUGUUUUGUUUGAGUGUUUUGUCUGCCAAUUGUGGUGUAGCUCCAGACCCAGUUUUGGGUGUCGGUUCCCUCCAGGCCUUGGUUCACUGUGGGUGAUGCCUGUGCUCCUCACUAUGGACUGCAGUGAGUUCGUUGCUCUUUUAACAUCAGGGUUGUUCAGCACUCUGUGCGGCGGUGCUUUGCACGGUGUUCCGAGCGAUAUUGCUCGGUGGCGUCGCGGUGGCUGUGCAGGUGGUUUGGGACAUAUCAGUACUCUGCAUGGCGGUGCUUCUGUGCUCGCUUUGUGGAUCCAUGGCACAGUGUUCUGAGCAAUGUUGCCCGGCAACGCCAUGGUGGCUGUGCAGGCAGUGUGGGACUUAUUUUUGCGUGCCUUUUGGUGGGUCUGUGGCUGCUACACCACUGGAAUGACCUCCUGACCUUCUUUUGGUGGCCUUUUUUUUUUUUUGUAAACAGCCCCCCGAUAAUUGUAAAGCGACCUUGGGUAUGAAAAAGGUGCUAUAUAAAUUUUUUAUUAUUAUUAUUUGUGGAGUCGUUCUCAAGGCCGCUGAUGUCAUCGUUUCUUCAAUGCUCCAGGCUGUGAUAAAAAUCUUUGGAGUCAACUUUGUUCGUGCUCCAUUCUGUUGUAACGACAGUCAUUUGGGGUUGUUAGAGCUGCUCGAGUCACAUGAGGCCAUUUGUGAGCGACAGUUGUUCUUGGAAGUGAAGGUUUGAAACAACCACUAAACAAACAUAUGGCCCAACACAGGAGGGCCAACUCUUCAGGCCAAGACUCUGCUGUCUAUUUACACUUACACUGUGUUCCAAAUUAUUAUGCAAAUCAUAUUUUCUCAGAUUUUCCUAAAUUAUCUAUAAUAAUGGCAGUCAUCAUGAUUUUCCAGUCAUCAACCAGUGGAGUACAAUUCAAAUGUUUUUGAACGAACCUCCCAAUAAUAACAGUAAAUUUUUAAGAAAUAAAAAACACAAAUGCACCCAAAAUGCAUGUUCCAAAUUAUUACGCACAAUUGAGUUUCCAAACAUUUUAUUGUCAUAAAGAACAAAAAAUGGUCAUGUGUGAAAUUAGAAACAUUAGCAGGUCAUGACUAACUGAAAUGUAACUGAAAUCAAACACUAUUUAAAUCAAAACAUUAUCACAAGUGAAGUCACAUCUGAACAUGGGACCCCUUGUUGAAAAGGACCUUCUCAAGUCUUCCAUCCAUUGAAUUUGUCAGUUUUUAGAUAGUAUCUGCUGGAAGUGCCUUGCAUGAGGACAGAAUAGCCUCCCAGAGCUGUUGUUGAGAUGUGAACUGCCUCCCACCAUCAUAAACACUUCUCUUGAUGAUGCUCCAAAGGUUCUCAAUAGGGUUGAGGUCAGGGGAGGAUGGGGGCCACACCAUAAGUUUGUCUCCUUUGAUGCCCAUUGCAGCCAGAGAUGCAGAUGUAUUCUUUGCAGCAUGACAUGGUGCAUUGUCAUGCAUGAAAAUGAUCUUGUUUCGAAAAGCACGAUUCUUCCUUUUGAACCAUGGCAGGAAGUGUUCUUUGAGGAACUCCACAUACGUUAUGGAUGUCAUCUUCACACCGUCAGGGAUCCUAAAAGGGCCGACAAUCUCUCUCCCCAUUAUUCCAGCCCAAAACAUCACUCCACCACCUCCUUGUUGGCGCCGUAGCCUUGUUUGCAUGGGGUGGCCGUCAACCAACCAUCCACCACUCCAUCCAUCUGGACCAUCGAGGGUUGCACGACAUUCAUCGGCGAACAGAACAGUUUUGAAGUCAGUCUUCAUGUAUUGCCUGGCCCACUGGAGCCGUUUCUGCUUGUGUCCAAUGGAUAGGGGAGGUCGAAACGAUGGCUUGCGCACCGCUGCAAACCCCUGGAGGACCCUGCAUCUUGUUCGGGGCACGUUGGAGGCACCAGCAGCUUCAAAAACUUGUCUGCUGCUAUGACAGGGCAUUUUUACAGCUGCUCUUUUGAUCCAACGUAUUUGCCUGUAGGAAAGAGUCCUGGAUUUUCCAUUAUCAGCACGCACACGUGUGUGCUCUGAAUCAGCUACAUACUUCUUGAUAGUGCAAUGAUCGCGAUGAAGUAUCUUGGCAAUUUUGAUUGUUGCCAUGCCUUGACCCAAACAUUCAACUAUUUGUUGCUUUUCAGCAGCCGACAGGUCCUUUUUCUUGCCCAUUUUGGUUGAAAAUGGUAGCCUGCUUAAUAAUGUGGGACAACCUUCUUUAGUAGUUUCCCCUUUAAUUGGACUCACCUGCCAGACUAAUUAGCACAGGUGUCUUCAAUUGGUUUCAGUGAUAUACAGAGCCCUGAUACACAUUACCAUUCAUGAGUUUAACUGACAAACAAAAAACAUCUUACCUUACCACUCUUAAACACUUGCAUAAUAAUUUGGAACACAGUGUAAAGGAGAAGGCACACUCCUUUGAAGAUAGCAAUGUACACAUUUUGGACAGGGAAAACAUGGUUUGAAAGAGGAGUAAAAGAAGCCAUCUAUGUGAAAUUGGAAAAACCAUCCCUCAACAGAGGAGGAAGUCUGCAACACCACCGAACUUCCACUUACAAUGCUGUCCUUUCAUUCCUACCCAGGAGAUUUCACAACUUCGCCUCCAAGAACAACGGUCAUUCACAAAUGGUCUCGUGAUUUCUGGCAGCUCUUAACGACCCCAAAUGACUGUCGUUACAACAGAAUGGAGCACGAACGAAGUUGACUCCAAAGACUUCAUCACACCCUGGAGCACUAAAGAAACAACGGCAUCAGUGGCCUUGAGAACGACUCCACAGAGGUUAAAUACCUGGAUACUCGCACAAGCUGGUCAGACUAGCCCAGUCUAAUCAGACGGUCACUACGUUUACAUGCACGUCCAAAUCGAGCUGCUGUUGGUAAUCAAGCAAAGGGUCCCAGUAGGGGUGCCAGAGAAAUCCAAUCCUACAUGCACAAGUGAAAUCGGGCUAUUGUGCAAGGUGCAUUGUGCACCCGAGCCACACGUGGCGCUACACGCCCCAUCGUGUUGGUACACUUCCGGUUGUCGUCAUGAAGAAGAGCUAUAGUGUUGCCAGAUACUGCUGAUGUUUUCCAGCCCAAAACAUGUUCAAAUCCGCUAAAAUGCACUUAAAACCCCCAAUCUGGCAACACUAGAGUUCCGUGUUCAAGCUGUUAGGCUUGCUCUGACAGACUAUGGCUACAAACUGUCCGGCGCAGACCACUGUUUUGUAAGACAACUUAUUUUGCACAAUAAUAUUUUUCUAAAGUCCAUUUUUUGCUUACAAAAAAAAAUUUUUUUUUUGCUUACAAUUUAACUUAUGUCUUAAUAAACACACAAAAAGUUCAGUUGUUUUGUUUUUAUUGACAUUCUUCAGAUGUUGGACAUAUAUAUAUACACACACACAAAUACAAUGACUUGUUUAUGUACACAAUUCACAGCUAUGCAACAGCUGUACAGAUGUAUUUGGUGAUACAGUAAGUGAGCUAAAUUUUAACAGUGCAAACAAUGCCACAAAAAGAAAAGAUUCAUGCCAUUGUCAUGAUUCGUUGUCAUGCCGACCGAGGCUGUUGUGUUUCCCACUUGUGGUCUCGUCACUCGUCACUUCCGGAAGUAGCUCGACAACUAGCUCGAUAGGGUAUACAUGCGCAAAAUAACUCGGCAGAAAUCGCAUAAACUAGGUCGUGUAGCUCGAUUCUGAGAAAUCAAGUUCGGUUCAAUUUCAGCCGAAUUAAGGUGUAUACAUGGCAUUUUGAACUUCGAUUUCAGUCGAGCAACGGCAGAAAUUCGAUUCUGUCUAUGUGCAUGUAAACGUAGUGAGUGAUUGUGAACUGAUGAAGUGAACUGAAGAAGAAGCCUCUUGGAUGAGAAGUGAAACGUCUUCAAAGACUUAAAACCAAGUCCAGUUGCAUUUGAUUCCAUUUUUUUUAGGUUAACUUUGUUUAUUAGGGAUGCCAUAGGAAAAAAAAAAAUUGAAAAUGGUCACCCUGGGGAGAAAAAAAAAUCUUAAAUAGGCCUACUGUGAAGUGUAAACUUUACAUUUUGACAGUUUUAAUGGCAUGUGUCAUUUUACAUAUGCAGAUUUGAUUUCAUGCUUCACCACCGUUGCCUGUACUUCACAACAGACUCCAUUAUGACAUAAUUUGCCUUUGUUUUGAAGGGAUAAUUUUUUAUUUGUGUGUUGAAUUGUGAGUGUGAAUGGUUGUUCAUCUGUGUUAGCACUACGAUAGAUUUGGCGACCUGCCCAGGGUGUACCCUGCCUCUUGCAUAAAGCUGGCUGGGAUUGGCUCCAGCUUCCACUACGGUCCUGAUUGGAUGGAUGGAUGGAUGGAUGGAUGGUGUGUUGAGUUAGAAUUUUAUUUACAUUUGCUAAUGACUGAACAAUAUAUUCAAUCAUAAAUGUGCUUGUUCAUGAAUUCUCUUGUCUUUAACAUAAUCUGUACAAGAGUAAAGACCUCUCUACUGAAA